AUGACCCUCAACAAAUACACAAAUACUUCUGAAUCUGAGAAAGACAAAGACACAAAUACUUCUCAAUAUGAGAAAGACAAAGACACAAAUACUUCUCAAUAUGAGAAAGACAAAGACACAAAUACUUCUCAAUAUGAGAAAGACAAAGACACUUAUACUUCUGAAUCUGAGAAAGACAAAGACACAAAUACUUCUCAAUAUGAGAUAGACAAAUACACAAAUACUUCUGAAUCUGAGAAAGACAAAGACACUUAUACUUCUGAAUCUGAGAAAGACAAAGACACAAAUACUUCUGAAUCUGAGAACGACAAAGACACAAAUACUUCUGAAUAUGAGAUAGACAAAUACACAAAUACUUCUGAAUUUGAGAAAGACAAAGACACAAAUACUUCUCAAUAUGAGAAAGACAAAGACACUUAUACUCCUGAAUCUGAGAAAAACAAAGACACAGAUACUUCUGAAUCUGAGAAAAACAAAGACACCGAUACUUCUGAAUCCGAGAAAGACAAAGACACCGAUACUUCUGAAUCUGAGAAAGACAAAGACACCGAUACUUCUGAAUCUGAGAAAAACAAAGACACCGAUACUUCUGAAUCCAAGAAAGACAAAGAUACUCCUGAAUCCAAGAAAGACAAAGACACCGAUACUCCUGAAUCCGAGAAAGACAAAGACACCGAUGCUCCUGAAUCAGAGGAAGACACCGAUACUCCUGAAUCAGAGAAAGACACCGAUGCUCCUGAAUCAGAGAAAGACAAAGACACCGAUACUCCUGAAUCAGAGAAAGACAAAGAUACUCCUGAAUCCAAGAAAGACAAAGAUACUCCUGAAUCCAAGAAAGACAAAGACACCGAUACUCCUGAAUCCAAGAAAGACAAAGACACCGGUACUCCUGAAUCCAAGAAAGACAAAGACACUGAUACUCCUGAAUCCGAGAAAGACAAAGACACCUAUACUCCUGAAUCCGAGAAAGACAAAGACACAGAUACUCCUGAAUCUGAGAAAGACACCGAUACUCCUGAAUCAGAGGAAGACACCGAUACUCCUGAAUCAGAGAAAGACACCGAUGCUCCUGAAUCUGAGAAAGACAAAGACACCGAUACUCCUGAAUCCGAGAAAGACACCGAUACUCCUGAAUCUGAGAAAGACACCGAUACUCCUGAAUCAGAGGAAGACACCGAUACUCCUGAAUCAGAGAAAGACACCGAUGCUCCUGAAUCUGAGAAAGACAAAGACACCGAUACUCCUGAAUCCGAGAAAGACAAAGACACCGAUACUCCUGAAUCCGAGAAAGACAAAGACACCGAUACUCCUGAAUUCGAGAAAGACAAAGACAUUGAUACUCCUGAAUCCGAGAAAGACAAAGACACAGAUACUCCUGAAUCCGAGAAAGACAAAGAUACUCCUGAAUCCAAGAAAGACAAAGACACCAAUACUAUUGAAUCCAAGAAAGACAAAGACAUAGAUACUCCUGAAUCCGAGAAAGACAAAGAUACCGAUACUCCUGAAUCCGAGAAAGACAAAGACACCGAUACUCCUGAAUCAGAGAAAGACAAAGACACCGAUACUCCUGAAUCCGAGAAAGACAAAGACACCGAUACUCCUGAAUUCGAGAAAGACAAAGACAACGAUACUCCUGAAUCCGAGAAAGACAAAGACACCGAUACUUCUGAAUCCGAGAAAGACAAAGAUACUCCUGAAUCCGAGAAAGACAAAGACACCGAUAGUCCUGAAUUCGAGAAAGACAAAGACACCGAUACUCCUGAAUUAGAGAAAGACACCGAUACUCCUGAAUCAGAGAAAGACAUCGAUGCUCCUGAAUCAGAGAAAGACAAAGACACCGAUACUCCUGAAUCUGAGAAAGAAAAAGACACCGAUACUCCUGAAUCCGAGAAAGACAAAGACACCGAUACUCCUGAAUCAGAGAAAGACACCGAUACUCCUGAAUCAGAGAAAGACACAGACACCGAUAUUCCUGAAUCCGAGAAAGACACCGAUAUUCCUGAAUCCGAGAAAGACAAAGACACCGAUACUCCUGAAUCCGAGAAAGACACUGAUACUCCUGAAUCGGAGAAAGACAAAGACACUGAUACUCCUGAAUCAGAGAAAGACACAGACACCGAUACUCCUGAAUCCGAGAAAGACAAAGACACCGAUACUCCUGAAUCCGAGAAAGACACCGAUACUCCUGAAUCGGAGAAAGACAAAGACACCGAUACUCCUGAAUCAGAGAAAGACACAGACACCGAUACUCCUGAAUCCGAGAAAGACAAAGACACUGAUACUCCUGAUUCCGAGAAAGACAAAGACACUGAUACUCCUGAAUCAGAGAAAGACACAGAUACUCCUGAAUCAGAGAAAGACACCGAUGCUCCUGAAUCAGAGAAAGACAAAGACACCGAUACUCCUGAAUCAGAGAAAGACACCGAUGCUCCUGAAUCCGAGAAAGACAAAGACACAGAUACUCCUGAAUCUGAGAAAGACAAAGACAACGAUGCUCCUGAAUCAGAGAAAGACAAAGACACUGACACUCCUGAAUCAGAGAAAGACAAAGACACCGAUACUCCUGAAUCCGAGAAAGACAAAGAUACUCCUGAAUCCGAGAAAGACAAAGACACUGAUACUCCUGAAUCUGAGAAAGAAAAAGAUACUCCUGAAUCAGAGAAAGACACCGAUACUCCUGAAUCAGAGAAAGACACCGAUACUCCUGAAUCAGAGAAAGACACCGAUACUCCUGAAUCCGAAAAAGACACCGAUGCUCCUGAAUCCGAGAAAGACAAAGACACCGAUACUCCUGAAUCAGAGAAAGACACCGAUACUCCUGAAUCAGAGAAAGACACCGAUACUCCUGAAUCCGAGAAAGACGCCGAUACUCCUGAAUCAGAGAAAGACACCGAUACUCCUGAAUCCGAGAAAGACAAAGACACCGAUAAGAAAGACAAAGAUACUCCUGAAUCAGAGAAAGACACCGAUACUCCUGAAUCAGAGAAAGACACCGAUACUCCUGAAUCAGAGAAAGACACCGAUACUCCUGAAUCUGAGAACGACAAAGACACCGAUACUCCUGAAUCAGAGAAAGACAUUGAUACUCCUGAAUCAGAGAAAGACACCGAUACUCCUGAAUCAGAGAAAGACACCGAUACUCCUGAAUCAGAGAAAGACACCGAUACUCCUGAAUCAGAGAAAGACACCGAUACUCCUGAAUCAGAGAAAGACACCGAUGCUCCUGAAUCAGAGAAAGAGAAGGAAAUCUUCUACCUGCUGGCUGUGACCUCACAGACUGUAGGGGGCACCACUGAGACGUUAUGCGUCACAGUAAACCACCAUGAACCUGUUUCCAUGGAAGUGAAUCUGGAGUAUAACCAAAACAGCGUCACUCUUCUGACUGAAACGUCCAUAAAUGAAGAGUACUACCGUUGUGUCCCAUUCCAGGUUCCUGUCGUGAUAUUGGAAUUAGUGGCAUCUAUUAAUAUUCAGAUUAAAGGGUCAGAAACCUUCCUGAACAAAACAACACAGAUCCUCAUCACACCUCCAACACAAGUGACGCUCGUUCAGACGGACAAACCCAUCUAUAAACCAGGACAAACAGUGAAGUUCCGCAUCGUCUCCCUGGAUACCGAUUUCCUCACCUACGAACAGACGUUUCCGACAAUAGAAGUGCAGGAUCCGAACUCAAACCGUAUCGGUCAGUGGACGAACGUCGCCACGUCCAGCGGUCUGGUGGAUCUGUCGUAUCCCUUAAACUGUGAGGCCACAAAAGGAGUUUAUAUCAUCACCGUCUGGGACAUAAAAUACAAAGAGGUCACACAAACGUUCGAAGUUAAGGAUUACGUUCUGCCCACAUUUGAGGUUACAGUAGAGCUUCCUCCAGUCAUUACCAUCCUGGACACCAAAGCUACGCUGAAAGUUUGUGCAAAAUGUUCAUACGGGAAGCCGGUCAGGGGGACGGUGAAGACCACAGUCUGCCAUAAUAGUUACACAACACCAGACAUCUGCAGGAACUAUACAAUGAUGACUGACGAGACUGGCUGUGGAAUAGAAAUCAUUGAUCUGACAGAAUAUGCAUUAAGUGAUUCACGCUAUGAAGCUUCAAUAAUAGCUCACAGUGAAGUGAAGGAAGACGGCACUGGUGUGAUUCUGACUGGCUCAGGCAGUUCUACUUUAACAUCUCAUAUCGGCUCGCUUUCAUUUGAGGAUUCACUGACUAUAUUUAAGCCCAGAAUGACAUAUGAAGGAAAGAUUAAAGUAACCUGCCCAAAAUCCAGACCUAUGAAAAGAAAAGUAGUUUAUCUGACCGUGACUUGCGCUGCUAAUAAAAGUUCUGUUCUGAAGCUGCUUACAAAUCACAAAGGCAUUGCAAAAUUUUCCCUCGACACUGAACCGUGGGGUCUGGAGCGAGUUUCCCUUCAGGCCCAGUAUGAAAUGAGAACCAGGUCAGAACAUACGGACAAUCAGCUCACACCACAAAAGCCCACAGCAAACCUCUGGCUUCAGCCUUUCUACUCCAAGAGCCAAAGCUUUAUUAAACUGAGGAGAUGCUCAACAACCUUCAGGUGUAAUAGAAAAGCUGUCAUCAGGGCUCAGUACAUGAUCAACAGCACAAUCUCACCACACCAGGACACCAUAAACUUCUUCUACAUGGUGAUGAAUAAAGGACAUCUGGUGCAACAAGGACGUAUCACAAAAGCCAUCAACCCUGGAACAGAGCACAAGGGCAACUUAGUUCUUACAUUGGAGAACAUGUUGAAGGUGUCUCCGGUCGCUCAGGUGGUCCUGUACACAGUCCUUCCCAGUGGUGAAGUCUUGGCAGACAGCAUGAACUACCCCGUUAAGCGGUGUCUUGUAAAUAAGGUGUCUCUAAAGUUUUCACCUUCUCCGGAGCUUCCUGGUGACCAGGCAUCACUGUUGCUGAAAGCUGCUCCAGGUUCCUUGUGUUCAGUAAAGGCGAUAGAUAAGAGUCUUCUGCUGCUGCAACCAGAGAAGGAGCUCAGCAUCCAAUCUGUCUUCAACGUGCUGCCUGUACAAACAUUAUCAGGAUAUCCACACAGCAUCUAUGAAGAGGAUUCAAGCCCAUGCUGGAAAAACCCACCCAUCUGGAACAUCCCAUAUGCAGCACAAACGUCAAAAUCACUUGGUUAUUUUCUGAACGUCGGAAAGGUGGAUGUGUACAGCACCUUUAAAGGUAUUGGAGUUAAAGUCCUCACAAAUGCAGAAGUACAGAAGCCUUCGGAUUGUUUGGGCAGUUUGUGGCAUAUCACCGAUGCAGAAGCCAAGGAAGCACCAGACGUCCUCAACAAAGGAACGACUUCAGAUGACUCAAGUUCAGACCAACCGGUCGUUACGAUCGGGAAAAAAUAUUUCCCAGAGACGUGGAUUUGGGAUCUCGUUCCAGUCAGUCAGUCUGGAGUGACAGCCAUUAAUAAAACGGUCCCAGACUCCAUCACUACAUGGCAGGCUGAUGCAUUUUGUACAUCACCUGUGGGGUUUGGAGUCGCCCCGAAAACUGAGCUUAUUGCCUUCCAGCCUUUCUUUGUGAGCCUCACCAUGCCCAGCUCUGUCAUCCGAGGAGAAGUGUUCACACUCAAAGCCACCGUCUUCAACUACCUCAAAAGCUGUAUGAUGGUGAAGGUGACUUUAGCCAGGUCGAAGCAGUUUAAAGCACAACAGUGUAAAAACUGCAGUUAUACAAAAUGUCUGUGUGCUGAUGAGAGCCGGACCUUCUCCUGGACCAUCACACCACAUGUUCUGGGUGAGAUAAGAUUCAAUGUGACAGCGGAGGCCGUGCAGUCGACGAAACUGUGUGGGAAGAAAGCAGUUAUUGUCCCAGAGAAAGGACACAUCGAUACUGUCAUUAACACACUGCUAGUGCUGACUGAAGGAACCAAACAGUAUAAAAGCUACAAUGAACUUCUCUGUCCAUCAGACGAUGUUAUAGAGAAGACGGUCUCAGUAACCCUGCCUGAGGAAUUUGUGGAAGGUUCAGCGAUAGCCUCGGUCUCUGUGCUCGGAGACCCGAUGGGCCGAGCUCUACAGAACCUGGCGAGUCUCCUGGCGAUGCCGUACGGCUGUGGAGAGCAGAACAUGCUGCGCUUCGCUCCCAACAUCUUCAUCCUGCAGUACCUGGAGAGCACCGACCAACUCACUCCUGAGAUCCUGAGCACAGCUCAGACCUACCUCGUCAAAGGAUACCAGAGAGAGCUGAACUACAUACACAUUGAUGGAUCUUACAGCGCUUUCGGGAUGAGCGAUGCAUCAGGAAACACAUGGCUGACGGCGUUCGUGAUGAAGUCUUUUGGAAAUGCGAAGAGAUACAUCUUCAUAGAUCAGGUGUUUGUGGACCAGGCGAAGUCCUGGCUCGAGCAACAUCAGCAGGAAAAUGGAUGCUUUGCCUCAGUGGGACAACUUAUUCACACCGACAUGGAGGGAGGAGUGAAUGAUGAAUUGACCCUCUCAGCGUACAUCACGGCUGCGAUGUUGGAACUCAACUAUACAGUUACAGAUCCUGUGGUGGACAACGGUCUUACAUGUCUGAGGAACACGUACACUCACAUGAACUCCAACUACGCCAAGGCUCUCCUCUUCUACACCUUCACCCUGGCUGGAGAUCAGGGGAUGAGGAACACACUCAUCUCAGACCUGGAUGCAGUGGCCAUAGUCUCAGGUGGCGGACGUCACUGGAGCAGGACUGAUGGGUCAGUGACGGACUCUUUAGAGGUGGAGAUGACCUCGUAUGUGCUUCUGGCUCUGAUGUCUGGACCUGAGCUGCCCGGGUUUGAUCUGGAUUACAGCGCCAGUAUCGUCCAAUGGCUUUCUCAGCAGCAGAACGCCUUCGGAGGCUUUGUGUCUACACAGGACACUGUCGUGGCUCUUCAGGCUCUGACCAAGUACAGCUACGCCACCUACAGUUCAGAAGGAUCUGUAACUGUUACUAUAACAUCACCAUCACGGCUGAUUAACACGUUCACCAUCAAUCAGAGUAACAGACUGUUGUAUCAGGAGCAUGAGCUGCAGGAGGUUCCUGGACAUUAUAACGUUAAAGCAGAAGGGAAAGGCUGUGUGUACGUGCAGUUUAAUUUGCACUACAACAUUCCUUCUCCUUCUGACGACUCGUCAUUCACCAUCUCAGCCUCAGCACCUGGAAACUGCAGGGUCCCAAAUCCAUCUCUGGACGUGAUCAUUACUGUCACAUAUUAUGGCGAACGUUUGGAGACCAACAUGGUGGUCAUCGAUGUCAAGCCUCUUUCUGGAUUCAGUGUGGACGCGACGUCGGUGCAGCUUGUGAACUGCAACACAAAUUCAACUGACGGAGCUGUGAAACGUGUGGAUCAAAUUAAGGGCAACACAAUCAUCUAUGUGAAUGGACUGAUAAAUGGUGAGGAGAAGGUGUACACGAUGGCGCUCGUGCAGGAACUUCCAGUACAGAAGCUGCAACCAGCGGUUGUGGAGGUUUAUGACUACUAUGAGACCGGUGAGAGAGCUUCAGCUGACUACAUCUCUCCAUGUCAAGUUCAGUGAGAGUCUGUACCUGAUCUCCAUUAAAGCCAAACAAGAGCUUUUCCCCCAUUUGGGUUAUUUUUAUGAGAAUUCUUUGAGUAGCUUACAGUUAUCAACAUAUCAAACCUUUCCAUAUCACAAAAGUUCAGUAAAGUUUUAAGAGUGUUUCAUUUUAAUUAAUUUUUAUAAUAUAUAAUGUGUUUAUAUUGUGUAAUGUCACCCCAAAAUACAUUGAGUCUGUAAUUUUGAUUUUCUCCAAAAGGUGAUAGUUUCUUCCUCACUGUAAAGUCAAAUUUUAUUCUCAUCUCUCUGUUUUUUAUAUUAUAUCUAAAUCUGCUAAACAAUUUAAAUAAUUAAAAUGGUAUAAUCCACAUGCUAUGAGCUAACAAAGAAAAAGAAAAUUAUAAUUAAA